ACUUGCUGACAGAAACAACAUAGUUAUCUCAUGGUACUGAAGUAAGACGCAAAUAAAAUGUGAAACGACAGGAUUGUUGAUAGGCUAGACAUCAGCACCAGACUGGAGAGCAGAGAUAAGCUGAUAUAAAUUCGCAUGCAAGUGGUACAAAGAAUUGCAGAGAAUCGGAACUUAACUUGCUGUGCAUGUACACAUACACCACAGGUAUACGUUCCCACACCCACACUCAUACCAUUCACACGUGCACAACUGUGGUAAGAACCUAAUAAUUACAGUGGAAGAGAGUUUAAUUCGAUCUUAGCAGCACAGAGAGAGGACGUCCGUUGUCCGUAUUGCCUGUCUUUGUGGGAGGGAGGAUAGAAUGUGCGAAACUGAUCAGGAGAAAAGGUUUUGUUCAGGAGUGUGGACAGACAAGAUUUCAGUAGAGUAGUAUGGGGAGGAGCCUUCAAAGAAUCCAUAGCAUAGAGUUGACAGCUUGUAGUUUAUUGUAGCUUUAACUGGUAGCCAUUGAAAAAGUGGUGUGGCAUGUUUACAUUUGUGAGUCUGGAAAACAAGAGGCUUAGUUCUGGACUUUCUGAAGCUUUCUGAAUGAGCUGCAGACAGUCUGCAAGAAGAAUGUUGCAAUAGUCUAGUUCAGACAGAACAAAUGAACAGAUGAGAAUUUGGUGGUUGAGAUGGCACUUCAUGUUCAAAGUUUCAAAAACAACAAAGGAGACAACAGAAAAUUCUAUUUUUGUGAUCAAAUCAUUGCAUGGUGAUGGAUAUGGUCAAAUGGCAGAGGUUGAAUUGACUCUUGAUUGUUGAAUUGCUUGAAACUUGAAGAUGAAUCGAGCAGUUGUGUUGGUCGAUAUGGACUGCUUUUAUGUGCAAGUUGAACAGCGUCUCAACCCUGACCUCAAAGGAAAGCCAUGUGCAGUGGUGCAGUACAAGACAUACAAGGGUGGAGGCAUCAUUGCCGUUGGCUAUGAGGCGCGAGCGCUUGGUGUCACACGUAGCAUGAUGGGUGAUGAUGCAAAAAAGAUCUGUCCAGACAUCGUGCUAGCACGUGUACCUGAGGUCCGGGGCAAAGCAGAUUUAACGAAGUAUCGAGAAGCAGGGGCUGAGGUGAUUGAAGUACUGAGCAACUUUUGCAAUUGUGUAGAGAGGGCAAGCAUUGAUGAGGCCUAUUUAGACCUUACAGAGGAGGCUAAAAAACUAUUAACAAGUCAGACAUCUGGAUCCUUGACAGCUGACCAGCUAUCCAACACAUUUGUUGAGGGUUUUGGAGAUGAUGUUGAGGAGGAUAUGGAUAGAGCCCAGCUGAAUGAGGAAGCAGCCAGGCACAGAAAUACAGACAAAUGGUUGAAACAAGCUCAUGCUUCUAAAGAAACAAACAGUGGGGAUGUUUUGUUGGCAGCCACUGCAUUAAUAGUUGAAGAGAUGAGAGCUACUAUUUUUAAGAACACUGGAUUUCAGUGUUCUGCUGGAAUUGCACAUAAUAAAAUGCUUGCCAAGCUUGCUUGUGGUCUACAUAAGCCCAACAAACAGACCAUAGUGCCUCAGGGCUCUGUGGAAAAAAUCUUUAUGACUCUUCCUGUAAGAAAAAUUCGUAGUCUGGGUGGAAAGCUAGGUGCAUCCCUGACAGAGGAACUACAGGUACAGAACAUGGGAGACCUGUGUCAAUUUUCACUACAGCAAUUGCAAACCUGCUAUGGGAGUAAGACUGGACUGUGGCUGCAUCAAGCCUGCCGAGGGUUUGAUUAUGAGUCAGUGUCGGCCCGACAGCUGCCCAAGUCUAUUGGCUGCAGCAAGAGGUUCCUGGGCAAGGAGCGAUUGGAUAAAAAAGAGAAGGUUCUUUACUGGAUUGGACAGCUGGCAAAAGAGGUGUCUGAACGUCUCAUAAAGGAUCAGGAGAUUAACAAAAGGACUGCCAAAAGUAUGUGCGUGUCUUACCAAUACUGUGCUAAGCCAACAUCUGUGACUGGCAGUCGAGCAUGUGCGUUGGUGUCAUAUGACCACAAGAAGAUGACAGAUGCAGCUUUUGGCUUGCUGCAAAAAUUCAAUACCUGUGGUGCAUGCAAGGAUAGUUGGAGUCCAUCUAUUACUGUGCUGGGACUGUCUGCCACUAAGUUUGAAGAGGAACAAUCUGCCACUCAUCAAGACAUAGCGACCCUCUUUGCAUCUGCUGCUGUGCAAGGUGGUUCAUACUCGGAGAAGCCCAACAGCUCAUUCCGAAACCAACAGCCUUUCGAAAAUGACCACAUGCUGAAUGCCACCACUGGCAGUGGCACCUUGAGCAAAUCAUCUGCAGCAAUGGCAGAGAAGAGAGGUAUGCCUUCAGAGGUACAUCCACAUGCCUCGUGUCAGCCCCAAAGCACCACACGUUGUGUGGCCACAUCUCCAAGAGUGACUCAUAAACAAACCCUUGAGGCUGUAAACCUUGUCCCCAAGACCAUAAAAAUGCCAGCAAAGCUGACUGGAUUUUUUGCGAGCAAGCUGGCUAAAAUUGCAGCAGCGACAACUACAAACACAGAGUUCUUGCCACUUGUGGAUGAUAAGAAGGCUGAUAAAGAGAUGGCUGCUGUAGAGAAUGAGACUCGAAAGCUUGACAGUCCAAAAGACGACUUUGCAGCAGCACCUUUUGUGUGUUCAUCUGCUUUUGACAGGCAAAAUGCAUUUGAUGAGCACUCUAAAGAUGAGCUUAACUUCUUCUCUUCAGACAAGAACACCAGCAAAAGCCAAAUAAAUCACAUCUUUGCUGAGAAAGCAGAAGGUAGGCUUUGUUUGCUGUCAGACUAUGGAGGGGAAUGCAAUGCUAUAGACAGACAAGGGCAAACUUUGAAUCUUGGAGGACAUAGAGAGAAGACUAAUACUAAUAAGACAGACUCAAGUCAUGAAGAGACCUCACUCAAAUUGCCAGAUGAUGGAGAGACAUCCCCCAGGGAUCCAGCUGCAUCUUUCACUGGCAUUGACUGUAACACUGACUCAAUGGUUUGUGACAAAUGUGGUAAGAUUUUUACUGUGUGGGAAAUGCCAGAACACUCUGAUUAUCAUUUUGCCCUUGAACUGCAGAACAGCUCUGAGCAUGUUGUCACACACCAGAGUGCCAUGGUCAGUUCUAACAUUGUGAAACCAGCCAAAAUGGGGGUCAAACGAAAAGGCAUUGGUGGGAGGAAACCGGGACAAAAAGUAAACUAACAAAAGGAGAGACUCAGAAUAAGACUCUGCUCUGUUUCUUCAGUAGGACAUGAUGUUGUAUAUAUCAAAUAUAAUAAUACUAUUCUGUUUCUUCAGUAGGACUUGGUGCAAUAGUGAGGACUGAAUUGUAUAUAGCUGUUAUAAUACAGUGCUUUUGCACUAGUGAUUGAGACCAAUGUUUGAGAUAUACAUUGAAACUGAUAGCAAAUAUACAUUGAGACUGAUGCUAAACAUAUAUUGAGACUGAUAAUAAACACAUUGAGACUGGUGGUAAACAAACUUUGAUGAUAAACAUUGGGACUGUUUAGCUUCAUACACAUCGUUGCUAAUGGUAAACACACAUUGAGACUCUUUUUUUUUUGCAAGUUUAUUUCUAGUGGCUUUUAUGAAGUUGUUUAUAUGCAGUAACAUUUGCUUGGUACAUAAAUUUAUGCUUCUUUUGAGUAUAAUAAAUUAAGAUUUUUA